GACAGAACAAGGAAGAGAAGAAGAAGAAGCGGGUGGGUGGCACGACACGACGUCGGCUGUCGAGCGAGAGCGAGCGACCGCAAACCGCCCUCCCCGAUCCGCCGGCACCGGUCGCCGGCGAGCUUCGCGCCCAUUCCAGCCCCCGCGCUGAGCCCUAGAUCUCGGCGGGGGAUCCGAGAUCUCCCCCGUCUCGGCGGCGGGAGGGGGGCGCGGGGGGAAGAAGAUGGCCGACGACCAGACCGACGCCGACUUCUUCGACAAGCUCGUGGACGACGACGACGACGACGACGCCUUCUCCCCCGCGCCUGCCUCCAAGGCUGCGCCGGAGGAGGAGGAGCUGGCUCGAGGCGUCUCUGGCCUCAGCCUCGCGGACGAGGACGAGCCCGCGCCGGUGAGGGAGCGGGAGCUGGCGGCACCGCGUCCCGCCGCGGAGGGUGGGUCGCCGGGGUCCGGGAAGGGCGCCGUCCACACCACGGUCAAGCAAGCGCAGUGGGCUUCCUUCGGGGGCGGCGAGGGCGACGACGGGUUCGAUCCCUUCGGCGAUCUCUCGGCGGGGGCAGCUGGGGAGGAGUUCCUCGGGAGCUCCGUUGUCGGCAGCAGCGUCGGGGCGUCGGAUCACGGUUUCCUCGGCGGGAGCAGCCGGAGCUUGACCACCGAGGUGGCGAAGGAUCAGGAGGGCGUUUUGGGGGGCAGUUCGAACCGGAGCGCGGAUGACGCGGCGCAGCUCGAGAGACACGGUAGUGGCGGCACGGUGGAUUCCGGGGAUCCCAAGUAUCUGGAGAGCGUUUACCCCGGGUGGAAGUACGACGAGGCGACGCAGCAGUGGUACCAGGUGGAUGGUUCUGAGACAGCUGGGUAUAGUGCUCAGGUGGAGAGUGGCAGUGAGAAUGUGCAGCAGCAGCAGUUUGGUGUUUCUUACUUGCAGAAUUCGGCGCAGGAGGCGCUGGAGACGAUCGCAGAGGAGGGCACCGCCGCAGGGAGUGUAUCGGCAUGGGGGCAGGAGGGCGCUUCCGAGUACCCAGCCAACAUGCUUUUCUACGCGGAGUACCCAGGGUGGUACUUUGAUACCAACACACAGGAUUGGCAAUCGCUCGAGUCGUACCAGCAGGCCAUCACGCAGGCCAGGGCGGGUAAUGCUGCUGUUCAGGACGGUGCAAACCGUGGCGUCGUUGCACCUUCUGGUGGGUUUAAUUAUAAUCUCAAUCAAACUGAAGGUCUUGCUGUCCACAAUCAGGUGGCCCAACAUAACUCCUUCGCAAAUAGCUAUAGCCAGCAGAGCCAGUGGCAGACAGAAGCAUUUGCUAAUGGUAUGCAACCUGAAAGUGUCACGAAUAGUCUGGCAGGUAGUUUCUAUGGUCCUGAUCAGCAUGUGAAUGCUGAAUCUUUCAGUUCCUCCACAAAUCAUCAGGUUGGUUUUAACACAGCUGAAAUCUCCACAAGUCAUUAUGGCGACAACAAGAGCUUAGAAUUUUCAAGUCCCCAGAGUGCCUUCAACACAAUCGGUAGUCAACAAGCCAGUUACAAGGGGUUCGAACCUUCCAAGGGUUACCAAACCAGUCAUAAGGUGCUCGAACCAUCCACAGGUAAUCAGGGCAGUUACAAUGCAUUUGAACCCUCUACUGAUCACCACCAGGGAGGUUACAAGGGUUUCACACCUUCCACAGGUCACCAGGCUGGUUACAGGGUAUUCACCCCUUCCACGGUUAACCAGGCUGGUUACAAGGAAUUUGGUGCUUCUACAGACCAUCAUACUAAGGGAUUCGAACCUCCCUCAGGUCACCAGGCUGGCUACAUGGGAUCCCAACCUCUUACAGGUCAACAGGAUGGUUACAUAGGAUCCCAACCUUCUACAGGUCACCAGUCUAGUUACAUGGGACUUGAAGCUUCUGCAAACCUGGGUUACGGUAAUGCCAAUGGUGUUGUCAGUACGCAAGGCUUUCUUCCAUUGGGGAGUAUGUACAACAGCCAGAGACAGGCUCAUGCAAACACCCAAGCACACUUGUCUAACAGCUAUGUCGGUACUGAGAACUCCAUGAACUUCUCUCAGCAACAGUUUGGUGGUUCAAAUGCUUCACAUAUGCAAUUUGGUUACUCCCCGCAUGAAGAGAGGUCAUCGGCUGGACGCCCACCUCAUGCUCUGGUUGCUUUUGGGUUUGGAGGGAAGCUUGUAGUUAUGAAAGAUACAAGCUCAGUAGACAUGAACUUUAACAGUGGAAAUCAGACGAGUUCUAGCGGAACAAUGUCAGUUCUUAAUUUAUCAGAGGUUGUCUUGGAUAAAGCUGAUGCCUCAAGGAUCAGUGAUGGCAGUGCACUUAGUUACUUCCAUGUUUUAUGUCGCCAAGCUGUUCCUGGUCCUCUUGUUGGUGGAAGUGCCGCAUCAAAAGAUGUAAACAAAUGGCUUGAUGAGAUGAUUGCAUGGUAUGAAUCUUCCACCAGUGACCAGAGAGUUGAUCCUCGCAAGUUGCUUAUUUCAUUGCUGAAGAUACUAUGUCAGCACUAUGGGAAACUACGUGCACCUUUUGGGUCUGACCUAUCACAAGAGGAUACAGAUGGUCCAGAGAUGGCCGUAACUAAGCUAUUUUCAUCUUGUAAGAGAAGUAGUGCUGAUAUGGGGGAUUUUGGAUCCAAUGUUCGCUUCAUGAAAAAUAUUCCCUCCGAAAGCCAGAUGCAGGCUGUUGCACAAGAGGUCCAAAAUCUUCUAGUUUCUGGCAGAAGAAAAGAGGCUCUUCAAUGUGCUCAGGAAGGUCAGCUCUGGGGGCCUGCAGUCAUUCUUGCUUUACAACUUGGUGAUAAGUUCUACGUGGAUACUGUGAAGAAAAUGGCUCAGUGCCACUUUAUAUCUGGGUCACCUUUGCGGACAUUGUGCCUUCUUAUUGCUGGACAACCUGCCGAUGUUUUCAAUGUAGAGAACAACAACAACAUCAACUAUGGAACACUAGGUGCAUCCCAACAGCCUAUGGAGCCUAGUCCUAAUGGAAUGUUGGAUGACUGGGAAGAGAAUUUGGCUAUAAUAACUGCUAAUAGGACAAAAGGAGAUGACCUAGUUAUUACCCACCUGGGAGAUUGCCUUUGGCAAGAGAAAAAUGAGGUUGCGGCUGCUCACUCAUGCUACUUAGUCGCUGAACUAAAUAUUGACCCAUACUCUGAAAGUGCUAGGUUAUGUCUCAUUGGUGCAGACCACUUGAAAUGUCCUCGAACAUUUGCCAGCCCUGAAGCUAUUCAGCGGACAGAAGUUUAUGAAUAUGCAAAGGUGCUUGGCAAUUCUCAGUAUAUCCUGCUACCCUUCCAACCAUAUAAGCUGAUAUACGCAUACAUGCUUGUGGAGGUAGGGAGGGUUGCUGAUUCCUUGAGGUAUUGCCAAGCUUCUAUGAAGGUGCUGAGAGCUUCCGGACGUGCCCCAGAAUUGGAAGCAUGGAAACUAUUAUUUUCCUCCCUGGAGGAUAGGAUACGCACUCACCAGCAGAGUGGAUAUGGAACAAAUCUUGCUCCUGCGAAACUAGUUGGGAAGAUAUUUACCUCGCUUGAUAAAUCUAUAUCCCGCAUGAUGGGUACACAGUCUGCUCCACCUCCACCAUUGCCACAGGGCUCAGUUAGUGACAAGGAGCUCUAUUCAGCACCUGCAGUUACAAAAUUUGUAAAUAGUCAAUCUGUAAUGACUAUGUCAUCAUUAAUGCCGUCCCCUUCAGUGCAUUCUAUAAGUGAGAUGGCAGAGAACAGUGGUGUCACUGGCAGGAAGCUGGCACACAACAGAAGUGUUUCUGAACCAGACUUUGGCAAAACCCCGAAAGAGGGUGCACGAUCAGAUAAUACACAGAGCAGUGCAUCAGGAUCAGGUAAUUCACGAUUUGGUUGGAUUGGCUCCACACUGCAGAAGACAAUGGGCUUUGUUUCAAAAUCCCGCCAGGCAAAAUUAGGGCAACAGAACAAGUUUUACUAUGAUGAAAAGCUGAAGCGUUGGGUAGAGGAAGGUGCUGAGAUUCCUGCUGAGGAGCCUCCCCUGCCUCCACCUCCGACAAAAUCCUCCUCAUACCAAAAUGGCAUGCCAGACUAUAACUUAAAUGGUCCUGCUAGUGGAAUCCACACUCCCAAUGGAUUGACAGAACGGAGAUCUCCAAAACAUUCAGAUCAUGGUUCUGGGAUGCCACCAAUUCCGCCCAGCCAGAACCAGUUUUCUGCUCGUGGACGGAUGGGUGUCCGGUCUAGAUAUGUGGACACAUUCAAUAAGGCUGGUGCAACUGGUGCAGCCCAGUCUUAUAACAAACCAGUUGCUUCAUCUGUGACACCACCAACUGGUGCCAGGUUCUUUGUGCCCAACGCAGCAGCUGUUUCUGCAGAGCAGAUGCCUAGUCAACCACCGGAGAUGCGAGGUGAGACCUUCCGUCAGGAUGAGCGUUCAUCCUCGCCCCCAGUAGAAACGUCAUUUUCGUCACCCCCACCAACUGCACAAUUUUCAGCACCAAUGUCAUCUACCAUUCAGCGGUAUCCGAGCAUGGACAACAUGGCUCAUCCGAAUCAGGCGCCCUGGAUGUCACCGGGCAGUAACAGCAGUUCAUUCUCAUCAAGAUCACGAGCAGCGUCAUGGAGUGGAACAUACUCUGACCAAUUUAGUGCCUCGGCAGGCGCUAGAUCACCUGACGGACCUUCCGUUCCCUCGCCGCUCAUGCCUGGAAGACCCUCACACAGUCGUUCCAACAGCAACUCAUCUGUGCAGUUCAACGGUUUGGCAGAGGAUCUUCAUGAGGUUGAGCUCUGAGAGGUGACAGCUCAGCAUGAUUGAUAGGUCAUGAUUCAAAUCCACGCAACCUUGGUAAAACCGCAGUUCGUCCAGCAAACCCCAAGUGAGUUAAAAGGUGAAACGAGAUGUUCACAGUAAAUGACUGUGAAUGCCAGGACCGGGAUGGACCUCUCCAAUUUUGAAUGAAAUUCUGCGGUCCGCACUAAAACCGAGGUACGCCGGUGCUGUACUACGCAAGUACAGUCUUGGUUUCGAGUAUUUUGUAGCUAUGUUUGUUGUUAUGUUUAGAGCGCAGGAAAAGAGCUGGGUGUCCUCUUUUACAUGUGAGAAGCAGCAUGUGGAUGCUAUUGUUGUACAGAUAAUCCACCUCUGCCCCCAUUCAUUGAAACAUAUCCACCUCUGAAUUUUAUUUUCUUGUUCUGGAGAAGAAUAGAAUAGAAAUGAUCUAUCUAUUCUAGUGUAAGAAAGGAAGCUUGGCUACGUAGAAAGUGUUGUUGUUGUACUGUACUGUACUGCCCCAUACCAUGAUAUGUUAUUCUUUGGAGAUGUAUCAAUUUUCCCCUCUUAAAACGCAUCAAAGAGCUCA